AUGCCCAAAUCAUCGAAAUCUAAGCCCGGCCGCAGCGCCCUCGCCGAUGUCGUCACUAGGGAGUACACCAUUCACUUGCACAAGCGUGUACGUCCCCAUCUAUAACCCAUUGCCGGCUGAGUGGAGAAGAAGGGAGGGAGAGGGAGGGAGGCGAGCUGACAAGCGAACUCUCAGGUCCACGGCGUCUCCUUCAAGAAGCGUGCUCCCAAGGCUAUCAAGGAGAUUAAGGCUUUCGCUACUCAGUCUAUGGUACUCCCCGCCCUCCCCCCUCUACAGCACCAAGGGCCCCGCAGUACAUACCCACCCCACCCGCAAAGCCCCGACUGACAUAACAUCUACGAGUAUAAAGGGUACCGAGGACGUCCGCCUCGAUCCACUGCUUAACAAGGAAGUCUGGAAGCGCGGAAUCAAGGGAGUUCCCUUCCGCCUGCGUGUGCGUAUCUCACGGAAGCGAAACGACGAGGAAGGGGCAAAGCACAGACUCUUCUCGUACGUUGAGGCUGUGAGUGUCAAGAAUCCCAAGGGGAUGCCUACAACUGUUGUCGAUGAACAGUAGUAGACUCCUUAUGGUUUUCGUUUCUCUUAUUUUGUGGAUCUUUUUUUCCCUUUUUUUCCCUCUCCUUUGUCGAACCGGGAUUCAAAAAAAAUAAAUCACUGGGCUUCUUCUGGUUGGAUUGAGUUGGACUGGAGUUGAGUUUGAGGA